CGGAAUGGCGUCUGCUCGGAGGUUGGCGCCGCUGCCCCUGGUAACGGUCGGCUCCUGGCUUCUCCUCCUGUCGUGUGCUCAGUUCGGAGGUGGACAGAAGAAGAAAGAGAACCUGCUGGCAGAAAAGGUGGAACAGUUAAUGGAAUGGAGCUCCAGACGUUCAGUCAUUCGAAUGAAUGGUGACAAAUUCCGAAGGUUUGUGAAGGCUCCCCCUCGUAAUUACUCUGUAAUUGUGAUGUUCACUGCCCUUCAGCCCCAAAGACAGUGUUCUGUCUGCAGACAGGCGAAUGAGGAGUACCAAGUGCUGGCAAACUCAUGGCGAUAUUCAUCUGCAUUUUCUAAUAAGUUAUUCUUCACUGUGGUGGACUAUGAUGAAGGAGCAGAUGUAUUUCAGCAGCUAAACAUGAAUUCUGCCCCAACAUUCAUGCAUUUUCCACCAAAAGGCAAGCCUAAGAGAGCUGACACCUUUGACCUGCAGCGAAUUGGAUUUGCAGCUGAGCAGCUUGCAAAGUGGAUCGCUGACAGAACUGAUGUGCAUAUUCGUGUAUUUAGGCCCCCUAACUACUCAGGAACCAUUGCCUUAGCUCUUCUAGUUUCACUAGUAGGUGGUUUAUUAUAUCUACGGAGAAAUAACCUGGAAUUCAUCUAUAACAAGACAGGAUGGGCUAUGGCUGCUUUGUGUGUGGUAUUUGCCAUGACUUCCGGACAAAUGUGGAAUCAUAUUCGAGGCCCUCCAUAUGCCCAUAAGAACCCACAAAAUGGUCAAGUGAGUUACAUUCAUGGAAGCAGCCAAGCUCAAUUUGUUGCAGAGUCCCACAUAAUACUUCUGCUCAAUGCUGCCAUCACCAUGGGAAUGGUCCUUUUAAAUGAAGCUGCAACAUCCAAAGGUGACGUAGGCAAAAGAAGAAUAAUCUGCCUGGUGGGAUUAGGUUUGGUCGUUUUUUUCUUCAGCUUGCUGCUGUCAAUAUUCCGCUCAAAGUAUCAUGGGUAUCCCUACAGCUUUUUGAUAAAGUAAAAAAUGGAAUCACACGAAAAGACUUGAAAGUGACUAUGAAAACAUCUACCAUCUGAG